UUUCUCAUCUCCUGUCAUGCGUUCUGCACCGUAUCUUGCCAGUUCAGCAAACUCGGCGCAUCUAAGCAUAAGAGUCGGUCUACUGUCUUACCUACGGUGGUGUUAGGUGUCCUCUUCUAACCUUAACAUCCAAAGCCGAGUUGUUGAGCCACAAAAGAGAAAUCACGGGUACGUCAAUUCUCACACCAUCUCGCCCUCUCCUCCUAGCUCUCCCCUCUCUGGAGUUGGAGCUCCAAUCGCGCGUAACCAGUUAAUUAACAAGCGAACCCGGCCAGCUAGCUACUUAAUUUCCUUCUCCUCUCUUAGAAUUGAUUAAAUAGCCUAUGCUCACAGUUUGUACUCCUUUUUUCCCUCGCCUUUAAUUUGGCCCGGCCAUUCAGGAUCAAGGGAUCGAUCUCAUGGGGAGAACAAACGGCCAUUCUCUCCUGCUGCUGCGGCUAGUAACUUUGUUCUUGUUCUACGGGGCCCAUGAUCUCAUCGUCGUCGUCGUCGUCGUCGGAGGGGAAGAGGAAGAGCCGUACAAUUCGGCGGUGGGAGAUCCCGGUAUGAGGAGAGACGGGCUGAGGGUGGCCUGGGAGGCCUGGAACUUUUGCAACGAGGUCGGGGCGGAAGCCCCUCUCAUGGGCAGUCCCCGUGGUGCCGACUGCUUCGACCUCCUCCAAGAUGAAUCGGGAGGAUCCGGGGACAAGGUAGUGCACCGGGUGUCGGAGAAGGACAACAAGCUAAGCGUGGGCGACCCAUUUUCCGGCGAGGAGGAAGAGAAAGAGAGCAUCACGAACGUCGACCUCUACGCGGCCGCGAAGGAGGUGUACUUGGGCAAGAAGUGCGAGGUGGACGACGACCCGCCGUGGCAAUUCUGGAUGAUCAUGCUCAAGAACGGAAAUCUGGACACGACCGCCGCGCUGUGCCCGGAGAACGGCAAGAAGGUCGGCCCGUUCCGGCCGCAGCCGGGCCGGUUCCCGUGCUUCGGGAGCGGCUGCAUGAACCAGCCGCUGGUGUACCACAACUACACCGCAUUGGACGGCGACAAAUUGAGCGGAGGGCUGUUCGGGACGUAUGAUCUCGACGCCGCCGAUCUCGAGGCGCAGAACGUGUCGUACUACGCGGUGACGUGGGAGAAGGAGGUGGGGAAGGGAGGAUGGGUGUUCCACCAUGUGCUCAGGACCACCAGGAAGUAUCCCUGGCUCAUGCUCUACUUGAGGUCGGACGCUACCCAGGGGUUCUCAGGCGGGUAUCACUACCAAACCAGGGGGAUGACCACGAUUGUUCCAGAGUCCCCGAAUUUUAAGGUUCGGUUGACGCUGGACAUCAAGAAGGGCGGGGGUGCAAAGAGCCAGUUCUACCUGCUGGACAUGGGCAGCUGCUGGAAGAACAGCGGCGCGCCAUGCGACGGCGAUGUCACGACUGAUGUGACGCGGUACAGCGAGAUGAUCAUCAACCCCGAGGCCGAGGCGUGGUGCCGUCCAGACCGCCUUGAUGAGUGCCCGCCCUACCACACCUUCCGCAAUGGCACGCGCGUCCACCGCACCGACACCGCGCGCUUCCCCCACGCGGCCUACCAUGUCUACUGCUCCCCAGGGAAUGCCGAGCAUGCUGAGCGCCCCACUACGUUCUGCGACCCCUAUAGCAACCCGCAGCCGCAGGAGAUCCUCCAGAUCCUGCCGCACCCGGUCUGGGGCGAAUAUGGAUACCCGACGGAGAAGGGCGAGGGGUGGAUUGGCGAUCCGCGGACGUGGGAGCUCGACGUCGGGGCCAUGUCCCAGUCUCUCUACUUCUAUCAGGAUCCGGGUACGCCUGCAGCAAAAAGACGUUGGACUUCCAUUGAUGUUGGCACUGAGAUUUAUGUUAGUGAAGAUGCAGUGGCAGAGUGGACGCUCAGCGACUUUGACAUUCUCAUUUCCAAGAGGUGUGAGAAGUCGCAUGUUUCAUUGAUAUAGAUAGAGUUAUUUUUAGGCUAAUCUAUAGAAAAAUUCUCUAAUAAAUACUUGCUUUUUUAUUUUUUUUUCCUUAAUUUCAUAAAUGUUUUUAAGGUGUUACGUUAUUAACAGAGAAAGUGAAAUGUCUUACUUAUUA